AUGGCGGACGGCAAUCUGGAGCUGCAGGCGCGACUGCAGCAGCUCGACCAUGAGCUGGAAGAGGGCGACAUCACACAGAAAGGAUACGAGAAGAGGCGAACGAUGAUCCUGUCGCAGUACUUGACCAAGGGACAACUGGAACAGGCGGGCCUGAACGUCAAUGAUGGAGGGAGCAUGUACUCGGCCGAGGGCAAUGGGCAUGGCAGAAUGAGCAGCUAUGGCAGUAUACCGGCAGGUCCAUUCACGCAAGACUACAGUUCAUACAGCGAGGGACAGCAUGGCCAGCACGAGGAGGGACAGAUGCCAGGAGCAUUGACGCCGGGAUAUGGCGGCCCUCCAAGUCAGGUUGCGAGGUUUCAAGAGCAGCAGUUGGGUAUGCGGCCACCGGGACAACGGGAGUCGACGAUUGGAAGCGGCUUGCGACCUGUCACGCCAGAGCGACCCGAGAGUAGCCAGGGCAGCAGGUACAGCUCUUCAAAUCCAGGGACGAUGGUCAACUCGGACUAUGCCUUCAACCCAGAACAGAAAUCACCGGGCGGUCAAGGGUGGGCCACACCCGAGCCAUCCAGCCGGAUGAGCACGAUGCUGGACUCUCAGCAGGGCUAUUUUUCCGACUUUACUGGCCAGCAGAUGGAGGACCAUAGGCCUCGCGAGAGCUAUGGCGGACCUCAACGAUAUAGCAUGGGAGAGGCGUUUUCUCCUACUGCCAUGAUCCCACCUCCUCUCGCACGCGAUGACCUACCUAUUACACAUAUACACCAACUUCCCCUCGAACCUCGUGAUGUUCCGUUCGCCGUAUACGAUCCGCACAACAACAACAUUCCCAUGUCCAAGUUUGAUAACAUUGGAGCUGUACUUCGACAUCGGGGGAAGAUGCAGGCGAGGCAGCCGGCGUAUUGGGUGCUGGACCCCAAGGGCAAAGAGACGGCUUCGAUCACAUGGGAUAAAUUCACGUCUCGGGCUGAGAAAGUUGCGCAAGUCAUCAGGGACAAGUCGAAUCUAUAUCGUGGGGAUCGCGUGGCUCUGGUCUAUCGCGACACGGAGAUCAUUGAGUUUGCGAUUGCGUUGAUGGGCUGCUUCAUCGCGGGCGUAGUGGCAGUGCCAAUCAACAAUGUCAACGACUAUCAGAAGUUGUCAUUGCUUCUCACGACGACCCAGGCGCAUCUUGCUCUGACGACUGACAACAACCUGAAAGCUUUCUCACGAGAUAUUUCAAACCAGCGACUAAAAUGGCCGACGGGCGUGGAAUGGUGGAAGACGAAUGAAUUCGGUUCAUACCACCCGAAGAAAAAGGACACCGAUACGCCUCUUCAAGUACCGGAUCUGGCCUACAUAGAGUUUUCGCGAGCACCGACAGGCGAUCUUCGAGGUGUCGUGCUGUCUCACAGAACGAUCAUGCACCAAAUGGCCUGUCUUUCCGCCAUGGUCUCGACAAUACCGGUCUCAGAGCACGUUGACACGUUCUCCUCUACACUUCGAGCGUCUGAUGGGACAUUUGUGGUGCCUCGACAGGGCAGACACGAAAUCAUCAUGUCUUACCUUGACCCUAGAGAAAGCUGUGGCUUGAUCUUGGGUGUACUUCUGGGUGUAUAUGGAGGUCAUACAACAGUAUGGUUUGAAAGCAAGACUGUGGAUACUCCUGGAAUGUACGCCCAUCUCAUAUCGAAGUACCGAGCGACUGUCAUGGUGGCAGAUUAUCCUGGACUGAAGCGCGCGGCGUACAAUUACCAACAGGACCCCAUGGCAACGCGAAACUUCAAGAAGAACAUGGAGCCGAACUUUGCAUCUGUCAAGAUCUGUCUCAUCGACACAUUGACUGUGGACGCGGAGUUUCAUGAGAUCCUGGCUGAUCGAUGGCUAAAGCCCAUGCGCAAUCCUCGAGCAAGAGACCUGGUGGCACCGAUGCUUGCCCUUCCCGAGCAUGGUGGUAUGAUCAUAUCGGUGCGCGACUGGCUCGGCGGCGAGGAACGUAUGGGUUGUCCACUUACCAUCCAAGAGAACGAGGAGGAUAGUGACGAUGGCGGGAAUAGUAGUCCUACAACCGCGAAUGGCUACACGAGCCUGCUGGACGGUACUAACAGCGAAAAGAAGAAGCAAAAAGCACGCAAGCGGCAUAGAUCAGAACUGAGCGAGGUCUUGCUUGACAAGGAAAGUCUGAAGACCAAUGAGGUUGUUAUUAUCGCCAUGGGAGAAGACGCACGAAAACGAGCAAACGAGCCAGGAACUGUGAGAGCAGGUGCUUUUGGAUACCCCAUCCCUGACGCUACACUGGCCUUGGUCGAUCCCGAGACGAACCUGCUUUGCGCGCCGUACACGGUUGGAGAGAUCUGGGUUGAUUCUCCUUCGCUCUCGGGUGGCUUCUGGGCAUUGCCAAAACACACGGAGACCAUUUUCCACGCCCGCCCGUAUCGAUUUGUGGAAGGUAGUCCCACCCCGGUCUUGGUCGAGCCUGAGUUCCUUAGGACUGGAUUGCUAGGCUGCAUCAUCGAGGGCAAGAUUUUCGUCCUAGGGUUGUAUGAAGACCGGAUACGACAACGGGUUGAGUGGGUCGAACAUGGAUCUCAUGAGGUGGAGCAUCGAUACUUCUUUGUGCAGCACCUUGUCGCCAGCGUGAUGAAGACAGUACCGAAGAUCUACGACUGCUCUGCCUUUGAUGCGCAUGUGAAUGGAGAGUACCUACCUAUCAUCCUGAUCGAGACCCAAGCAGCCAGUACUGCGCCGACGACGACAGGCGGACCACCCCGUCAGCUGGAUAUACCCUUUCUGGACUCGCUCAGUGAACGAGUGAUGGAGGUGCUGUAUCAAGAGCACCAUCUCCGCGUUUACUGUGUGAUGAUGACAGCGCCGAACACACUGCCACGAGUCGUGAAGAACGGCCGACGAGAAAUAGGAAACAUGCUUUGUCGGAAAGAGUUCGAUAACGGCAAUCUGCCCUGCGUACACGUCAAGUUUGGCGUCGAACGGGCAGUGCAGAAUCUACCUCUUGGAGAUGAUCCUGCUGGUGGUGUGUGGUCGCCGAUGUCCAGCCAGGUUCGACAAGACAUGCUGGCUAUGCAUUCUGACAAGCAAUACUCGGGUGUUGAUCACAGAGAAGUGGUCAUCGACGAUCGAACGAGUACACCUCUGAACCAGUUCAGCAAUAUCCACGACCUGAUGCAGUGGAGGGUAUCCAGACAAUCCGACGAACUUUCUUACUGCACCAUCGAUGGCAGAGGCCGCGAAGGCAAAGGCAUCAACUGGAAGAAAUUCGACCUGAAGGUUGCCGGCGUGGCCAUGUACCUCAAAAACAAGGCGAAGGUCAAGCCAGGCGAUCAUGUUAUGCUCAUGUACACGCACUCGGAGGACUUCGUCUUCGCCGUCCACGCCUGCAUAUGCCUCGGAGCUGUCGCCGUGCCCAUGGCCCCGAUCGACUCGAACAGACUUAGUGAGGAUGUUCCAGCUUUGCUCACCAUGAUUGCAGACUUCAGAAUCCGCGCCAUCCUCGUCAACGCCGAUGUCGACGCGCUUAUCAAGCAGAAGGCAGUAUCUCAGCAUCUGAAGCAGUCAGCGCUGAUAUUGAAGGUUUCCAUGCCAUCGGUUUACAACACGACCAAGCCGCCGAAACAGUCUCAUGGGUGUAGGGAACUCGGACUGACGAUUCGGCCGGCUUGGAUCGCUCCGGGGUAUCCUGUGGUUAUUUGGACGUACUGGUCGCCGGAUCAGAGACGGAUUGCGGUGCAGCUUGGGCAUAAUACACUCAUGGCUCUUUGCAAGGUCCAAAAGGAGACAUGCCAGAUGACUUCCACGCGCCCUGUGCUUGGAUGCGUCCGAAGUACUAUGGGGAUUGGCUUCUUGCACACCUGUCUGAUGGGCGUGUUCCUGGCUACUCCGACUUAUCUGGUCUCGCCGGUUGACUUUGCUGGCAACCCGAAUGUCUUGUUCCAAACUCUUGCGCGAUACAAGAUCAAAGAUACAUACGCGACAAGCCAGAUGUUGGAUCAUGCCAUUGCACAUGGCGCAGGAAAGGGCGUACAGCUGCACGAGCUGAAGAACCUAAUGAUCUCAACCGAUCAAAGACCCAAGGCUGAUGUCUACCCACGGGUACGGCAGGCGUUCGCGCACUCCGCUCUCGAUCGAACAGCGAUCAACACCAUCUACAGCCAUGUGCUCAACCCGAUGGUCGCCAGUCGCAGCUACAUGUGCAUUGAGCCGAUCGAGCUGUACCUCGAACCUACUGCUCUUCGACGAGGGCUCAUCGUGCCUGUGGAUCCAGAUACAGAGCCGUUUGCACUGCUUGUGCAAGAUUCAGGUAUGGUACCCGUCAGCACGCAAAUAAGCAUCGUCAACCCUGAGACAAAUCGACUCUGUCUUGUCGGAGAGUACGGUGAGAUCUGGGUACAGUCAGAAGCCAAUGCGCACGCAUUCUAUGGCACGAAGGAUGCGUUCGAUGCGGAGAGGUUCAACGGACGGACUGUCGAUGGCGACCCUGGCGUACGAUAUGUCCGCACAGGCGAUCUUGGUUUCUUGCAUAGUGUCAGCCGGCCUAUUGGGCCUGGUGGCAACUUGGUGGAGAUGCAAGUUCUGUUUGUGUUGGGCGGGAUUGGCGAGACGUUUGAGGUCAAUGGGCUUCAGCAUUUUCCGAUGGACGUUGAGGCGAGCGUGGAGAAAUGUCAUCGGGCGCUCGUGAGGGGUGGAUGUGCCAUCUUCCAGGCUGGCUCCCUCCUCGUUCUCAUUGCUGAAGUGAGAACACGAGCAUUCCUUGCCUCGCUGGUCCCAAUCAUUGUCAACACUGUCCUCAACGAACAUCAAUUGGUCCUCGACAUCGUUGCCUUCGUAGCGCUAGGCGAUUUCCCACGAUCUAGAUUGGGAGAGAAGCAACGCGGCAAGAUUCUCGCCAGCUGGGUCAGCAGGAAGAUGCGAACAAUCGCCCAAUUCAGCAUACGAGAUCCCGAUGCCGAAGGCAGCGUAGGCACCGUCGUCCCCGAAGAAGCCCUGCAAAGAAGAGGCAGCGGCCAAAGCGGAGCCGUCGGCGGACCCAGCAGUCUCCGCAGAGGCGAGAGCGCCCUCCGCCACUUGGAGAGCAUAACCCACCUCCCCGUCGCCGAAGAACACCCUCACAUGGAAGGCGACCCGCUCACCAUCGACACCCGCUCCAAAGCCCCCACCAUCGCCGAAACCGUCUACCCCGAACAAGGCCACCGCAACGACGACACCCCCACCAACGAAACCCCUCGCCCCUUGAACCUCAACACGAGCUUGGACUACUCCCCCGCCGCGCAAUACGCCGACGUCGUGGAGGACUACCACCACCCUCGCGCGAACUGGGACGACUAUGGGCAGUAUGACGAGCACAGCCAACCGGCGCAUGGAUACCCUGAUUAUCCCGCUCAAGGCGGCACGCAGCUGGGCUAUACACCCGCCGCGGACGACUCGCCGAUCGAUAUGCCUGCGCCGCUGGGCGGGCUGAGGGUUAUGAAUCGGACUAGUGCGGCGGAGGAUGAUUGGGGGGAGGAUGCGUUGAGGCAGUUGAAUCUUGGGAAGUGA